AUGGCAAAACAGGCAGAACACAGGAGCUCGCACAUGAGCUAUCUCACUACAAGUUUUAAUCACGCAAGUUCGCCAAAGCACAUUGCUUUGCUGAACUAUUACGAAAAGCGAAUAACCGGACUGCAGAAAAGAUAUCAGGAAGUCAAAGAAAAUAUAAAGAGGGUUGAAGGAUCACUGCAGGUUGAUUUAAGCACAAACGAAAACCCGUUUGAAUGUAACCCAAAAGCCACGAGAGUUAUCUUCUGUGGGUUAGACCACCAUCUCAGUAGUCUCAAGUCUCAGUUCAAUACAGAAAGAAUAGAUGACAGAGCACCAAAGCAUCAUUUGGCUGAUCAAAACACUCUGUGGGUUUUCUUUUUACCUGGCAAAAAUGAUAUUCAGAUGGCAGAACACAGGAGAUCGCACCUGAGUUAUCUCACUACAAGUUUUAAUCACACAAAUUCGCCAAAGAACAUUGCUUUGCUGAACUAUUACGAUAAGCGACUAAGCAGACUACAGAAAAGAUAUCAGGAAGUCAAAGAAAAUGUAGAAAGGGUUGAAAAAUCACUGGAGAUCGAUAUAAACACGAGCGAGAGCCCAUUUGAACGUAACCCAAAAGCCACGAGGAUUAUCUUCUGUGGGUUAAACCACCAUCUCAGUAGUCUGAAGUUGCAGUUCCAAACAGAAAGAAUAGAUGACAGAGCACCAAAGCAUUAUUCGGCUGAUCAAAACACUCUAUGGGUUUUCUUUUUACCUGGCAAAAAUGAUAUUCAGGAAGUCGCCGAUCAGCUGCAAAGUGCUUUCGUGAAGAAGCAAAAAGUUUUAUUUAUUAAACCCCUGUCAACGACAGGAUUCGCGGAAGAGCUUUGGGACAGCGUACCAGAAUUCCAAGAGAGAUUUGGUGGAGAUUUUCAAAAGUGGAAAGAGUUUAUGCUGAGCCACACAGUCAAGCCUGAAUUUACUUCUAUAUUACAUCAGUUCAUUGUCGACGUACUGAACCAAUGCUGUUUGCAAAAGCCACGUAUGAAGCUCAGCAGCGAAAUCAACGCCAUGGCUCCUCAGAUCCAGAGUCAAGAGAGCAGAAUGAGGGAAGAACCCCUUUGCAUGGAAGAAAAUGUUGCCCGGGACAUCUUUUGCUACGCUGAUGAAAUAAAACAGUUUGUUCAACAAUGGGCUAUUGAAGACGCCGAAGACAAUCAAAAUAAUAAAUCAGCGGAACCAUUCAAAAACAGGACGUCGGCAAUUUUUUUCAUUCUUCGCAAAAUAUCGAUGAGACUUGUAUCUAACUUUGCGCAACGUUAUGGCCAAACUAAUAUGGCCGUUUUGAAUGAAAAAAUCAUGAAGGCAUUUGAGUCGAAAGUACCAUACCAUUUCUUUUCUGGUAUUGUUCCGACAACUGAAAACACUACAAAUGGAUUCUUUCAGAAAAUUAUUUCUUUGAUUUACGGCGAAAGGAGCAUCUCUGUUGACGAUUUUAGUGAGCAACUUACUGAAUCAAUAAAGGAAAACGCACACGCUAUUGCUGUUGAAGUAUGUAAAGUUUUUGCACUGAAAGAAAAGAUUUCGGCUGCAGAAAGCCUCAACACUGAAUUACUGUUUAUCGAACUCGAAGUCAAUGGUCUAUUGCGGUCAAUAACGGGAAGAGAUGGACAGAGCAAGGGUCAUCGAAAACCCUUGGAAUCUUCAGUUGAGAAAGAACUAUUAAGUUUGAGCUAUGUAAAGGCCUUUGGGUUUCUCUUUGGGGUAUUCCACGUUCAUGUAUCGGAUGAAGGUAUGAAGACACAUGAGCAGCAGAAGCUGGAAUUCCAAGGACUGGAAAAUACCCUAACCAAGCACUUUGGCAAAGAUGGCUUUCGCAUAGUUCAACAGUCUGCACAGUUUGAAUUAACUCCUUUUAAUAUCAGACCAGGUAGUCAGUUAUGUCAAAAUACCCCCGAACAAUAUGGUUCUCUUGGAGCUUUUGCCUAUGACAGUGUGGACGAUAAGGUGUACGGAUUAACAGGUGCACAUGUUGUUCUUAGAAAUGUAGUCGUAAAAGUUGUGUGCCCCGAUGAACAUCUCUUAGAUCUUGGAACUUGCAAGGAAAAGAUAAGUUUUACGGGUAGUAGCGUUGAUCAGGGAGAUGAAGCAGUUGAUCUCAUUGACAUUGCAGCGGUGGAAAUUAACAGUAACGCGAAGGACAAUUGUGUCUGGUGCUAUGACUAUACCCAUGGCCGAGGGUGCGACUUUCGACCAUACAUUUACAGCGGACGCCUAGACGAUUUGACUGGAUUCGUAGUUGAGAAAUGUGGGGCGUCGGAUCGGGAUGGGUUGAAGCAGGGUAUAAUUGUUGGGAUGGAUUACUGUUUCAAGUAUACAUUAUUUGGCAACGUGAAAAAUGUUAUUCUCAUCAGUGGACUGACACCGGGUGAAGAAUUUUCGGUUCCCGGAGAUAGCGGCUCGGUUAUCUGGUGGGAGGAGAUCUUACGCGAAGUUGAUGCAGUCGUUACUGACACUACUCACCAGGUGUGCGCGCUUGCAAUGGUCUAUGGUGGUACUAACAUUCCACCUGUAGAAACCAUUGUAUCACCUUAUGCCCACAAAGUUUUUGAGGGUAUGACAUCGGGACUACCUCUUACUGUCGCAUUUGGACUUAAAGAAGCACUACCAAAGCUCUACGAUAAACUGCCCAAUAGUAGGUCCAUAACCCUGAUACGACCAUCUUAUAGAAGACCUUGCUAUUUCCUUUACCUUUUGCCAAUGGCUCUGCUGGGCGGAGCGUUAGCAACUGGAGUGUUUCUGUUUUGUUUACGGAGAAGACAUUAA